AUGGAAUCAAGCGACUCCGGCAAGUGGAAAGAAGCGUGUGACUCGGAGUUCGACUCGCUUCAGAGAAACGACACGUGGGAAAUCGUGCCUCUUCCGAAAGGUCGCAAGGCCAUCGGGUGCCGAUGGGUUUUUCGUGUAAAGGAGAAUCAAGAUGGCGAAGUUGAACGUUUCAAGGCAAGACUUGUGGCCAAAGGAUUCUCACAGAAAUUCGGAGUUGACUAUGAAGAAACUUUCGCACCGGUGGCCAAGUUCACAUCGAUUCGUGUGGUGCUCAGUAUGGCGGCUAAGUACGGCCUGAUGCUACAUCAGAUGGACGUCAAGACAGCGUUUCUUAACGGCUCCCUCAACGAAGACAUCUACAUGGACCAGCCGGACGGAUACCUGGAUGCAACACAGCCGGACUAUGUGUGCAAGCUAAAGAGAUCACUCUACGGCUUGAAGCAAUCGCCUCGCAUGUGGAACCAAACAAUCGAUGGGUUCAUGAUCAAGAUGGGAUUCAAGAAGUGCGAAUCGGACCACUGCAUCUACAUCAAGCGAGACGACCAAGACAUGAUUCUCGUGGUACUCUACGUCGAUGAUCUCAUCCUGGCCAGCAGCAACAACGAACUCCUCAAGUCAACCAAGAUGGCGCUGAGCAAACGCUUCGAAAUGACGGAUCUCGGUGAGCUCGAUUACUUUCUCGGCAUGGAGAUCAAGAACGACCGUAAGACGGGAAUGGUGACUGUACAACAAACCAAGUUCCUCAAGUCCGUGUUAACCAAGUUCGGAAUGGAUAACAGCAAGCCAGUGAAGACGCCUCAAGAUCCCGGCCUGAAGCUAACCAAGAACAUGUGUGAACAAGAAUGCAAGCACGAAGACACCAUGUGCAACGUGCCAUAUCGAAGUGCUGUCGGAGGCAUCAUGUAUCUCAUGGUCGCCACACGUCCGGAUCUAGCUGCUGCAGUGGGAUCAUUAUCCCAGUUCUCGUCCGACCCAUGCCCGACUCACUGGCAAGCUUUGAAGCGUGUGCUGAGAUACCUGCAAGCAACGCCCAAUCAUGGUCUUGAGUUUACACGUGAAGAAGGAAGCCGUAUCUGCGGGUACACCGACGCAGACUGGGCCGGCGACAUUGAGUCAAGACGAAGUACAAGCGGCUAUGUGUUCAUGAUGAGCGGAGGAUGCAUCAGCUGGAAAAGCCAGAAACAACGGACGGUCGCGCUAUCUUCAACAGAAGCAGAAUACAUGGCGCUUUCCGAAGCAACCAAAGAAGCAGUAUGGCUCAAAGUGCUUUUGGGGGAACUUGGUGAGAUGACAAGCGACGAAGCGAUCAAGAUGUAUGAAGACAACCAAGGAUCAAUCGCUCUCGCCAAGAACCCGGAGUUCCAUAAGAGAACAAAACACAUCGACAUACGCUACCAUUUUGUGCGUGAGAAGGUGGAAUCAGGUGAAGUCGUUUUGGAGUAUUGCCCGACUCAAGAUAUGCUGGCAGACAUGAUGACCAAGCCGAUCGCCGCUGUACAAUUUGAAAACAUUCGCGAUCGACUUGGGAUCCAAGGUGCCGCAGCUAACGAGUCGAGAGGGAGUGUUGAAAAGACAGCGGCUGUAAAGAAGACACCUCGUCAAGCUGCGUCAAGUGUUGAAGCAAGUGGAAGACCAAGCCUCGCUAUACCGGUGGGUACCGGUAUGUACCAGUAA